AGGCAGACACAAAGGAGAGGCGGAUUCGUGGGAGACUGGUACAACCGCGCCCAGCUCACCCCCACACUGCGAUCCGUGAGUUCGAUCACCGUCCCGGCAGAGAGAGGGAGAGAAGAGCCCAUGGAGACGGGGAAUGCUCGCCGGCGCCCGCUGAGUUGGGGAUGAAGGAUCCCGUCCCGCCACGACCACCCCAGUCGCCUUCCUCUAGCCCGCAGAGCGGGCUGCCGGAGGUCCCAGUAAGAUUAACCAGAACAGCUGCUUGAGAAAAGACAUUGACCAUCGCUGGAGCCGCUUUUUGACUUUUCUUGGAACGUCAUAAUAAUCAGCAAAGUCAUUCGCAACUAGAAUGUUUUUGUGUGUUGUGUGGGAAGUUGAACACAAAGUGACCAAGCCUCCUGGGUCGAUAAAUUCUAAAGAUUCAUCUCUCCCUCCGGAUGAAGAGAUUGCACUCCACGUCUGUGCUGAGUGGCCGGCCCCUUGUUCUGAGACUGUGACCCUGAGUUCUAGACACCCCACAGCCAUGGGGAGACACUGUCCCUGCAUCCGUUCUGAACCCGUUCACAGUGGUUGAAUGAUCUGGAGAAAUGAGGAGCCCCUGAGAAAAUCGACAGUCAGCAGCGCAGAGGAGUCAUGGGGUUCGCCGUCGCUUUCCUCGCCCUGCUGCUGGGGCUACUCGGCGAGCAGUCGGCUGCAGAGGUGAAUCUCGAGCAGUGUCGGUUUGCACUGGGCAUGCAGGAUUCCAUCAUCAGGGAUGAGGACAUCGUGGCAUCCAGCAUGUGGUCGGAGUCCACCGCAGCAAAGCACGGCAGGUUGGGGACGGAGGAGGGCGACGGGGCCUGGUGUCCGGCUAAGGCAGUGAGCCACAAGCCCAGUGAGUUCCUGCAGGUGGACUUGCGCAGGCUGUUCUUCAUCACGCUGGUGGGCACGCAGGGCCGUCACUCCAAUGGACACGGCAACGAGUACGCCCGCCUCUACAGCCUCCAGUACAGCCGCAACGGCAAGGACUGGAAGACCUGGAAAGACCGGAGGAGGAACGAGAUCAUCACAGGAAACAUGAACCCUUACGACGUGGUGCUGAAGGACCUGGGGCCACCGAUCAUCGCCCGCUACGUGCGGUUUUACCCGAUGGCAGACCGGAUGAUGAGUGUGUGCAUGAGGGUGGAGCUGUACGGCUGCCCCUGGGAAGACGGCCUGAAGUCAUACACCGUCGCCAUGGGUCAGGUGAUGAACGCGUCAGGCCUGCCCCCCGUGAAUCUCAAUGACUCCACGUACGACGGCAACCGGAUCGGAAGGCUGCACUACGGGGGCCUGGGGCAGCUGACGGACGGGGUCCUGGGACUGGACGACUUCACCCAGAGCCACGAGCUGCGGGUCUGGCCCGGCUACGACUACGUGGGCUGGAAGAACGGCACACUGGGCCACGGCUACGUGGAGAUGGAGUUCCACUUUGAGCAGCUCAGCACGUUCGACUACAUGAAGGUCCAUUGUAACAACAUGUUCACCCACCGCGUGAAGGUGUUCAGCAAGGUGGACUGUUUCUUUAAGGCGAGUGCCACUGGUCCCUGGGAGCCGGAUCCCGUCAGCACCACCAUGGUCCACGAUGACAAGAACCCCAGUGCCCGCUUCGUCAAGGUGCCCCUGAAUCAGCGGGUCGGCCAAACCGUGCGCUGCAAGUUCUACUUCGCCGACUCCUGGAUGAUGUUCAGCGAGGUCACCUUCCGCCUGGGCUCCACCACCCCACCCCACACGGAUCUAAAGCCACGUGCUCCCGCCCCGCCGGAACGGGGGACCUUAAUCCCGCCGGUCAGAAUGUCCACCGCCAAUCACCCGAUGAAUGGCCUGACCCCGACCGUCAGUAACCUAGACUUGGAUUCGUCCAUGAAUAUCUCGCCGGAAUCUGGCCGCCCCGUUGCCAAGGCCGACCACAGCAACACCUCCAUGCUGAUUGGCUGCCUGGUGGCCAUCAUCCUCCUCCUCCUGAUUGUUAUCUUCAUCAUCCUGUGGCGACAGUACUGGAAGAAGAUCCUCGGGAAGGCUCAGCGGCGGAUUUCGGACGGGGACCUGACCGUGCGUCUGUCUGUGCCCGGCGACACCAUCGUCAUCAACAACACGCAGCCCGGCGGAGCCGCCAGCCGCCACUCCAACCUGUACGAGCGGAUCAACUCCGGGGACCUGGAAUACCAAGAGCCCAGCAGGCUGCGGAUGAAGCUUCCGGAGCUGCCGCAAGCGGCCGACAGCGUGGCUCUCCUGUUAAACAACCCAGCCUAUCACCUCUUACUCUCCGCAAACCCUCACCCGAUUGGAGGCCCUGGCUGCUCUAAGGACCAGCUUAAGCCAAUCAACACCGAUGCAUGCAAUGGGGAGUAUGCAGAGCCCGACCUCACCAAGAUGGCCGUCCAGACGGGCUUCCCGAACAGCGUGCCCCACUACGCUGAAGCAGACAUCAUCAACCUCCAGGGGGUGACCGGGAACAACACCUACGCCGUCCCCGCCGUCGCCAUCGACACGCUGGCCGGGAAGGACGUCGCCGUCGGCGAGUUUCCGCGGCAACGCCUCGUCUUCCGAGAGAAGCUGGGGGAGGGCCAGUUCGGGGAGGUUCACCUCUGCGAAGUGGACAACCCUCAGGAACUGGAAGGCCUGGGUUUCCCUCUCAACAUCCGGAAAGGCCGCCCCCUGAUGGUGGCUGUGAAGAUGCUGCGCUCGGAUGCCACCAAGAAUGCCAGGAACGACUUCUUGAAGGAGGUGAAGAUCAUGUCCCGGCUAAAAGACCCCAACAUCAUCCGGUUGCUGGGUGUGUGCGUGAGGGAUGAUCCACUCUGUAUGAUCACCGAGUACAUGGAGAACGGUGAUCUCAACCAGUUCCUCAGCCAGCACGAGCUAGGAGACAAAUUUGCAACGGCAACCAACAUCCCGAGCAUCAGUUACCCGAGUCUAGUGCACAUGGCCAGCCAGAUUGCUUCAGGCAUGAAGUACCUGGCUUCGAUGAACUUUGUUCACCGUGACCUCGCCACUCGAAACUGCCUGGUCGGUGAGAACUACACCAUCAAGAUCGCCGACUUUGGGAUGAGCCGGAAUCUGUAUGCAGGGGAUUACUACCGGAUCCAGGGGCGGGCUGUGCUCCCCAUUCGCUGGAUGGCCUGGGAGAGCAUUCUGCUGGGCAAGUUCACCACCGGCAGCGACGUGUGGGCCUUUGGUGUGACGUUGUGGGAAAUCCUGGUGCUCUGCAAGGAGCAGCCUUAUUACCACCUCACAGACGAGCUGGUGAUCGAGAACGCAGGCGAGUUCUUCAGGGAGCAGGGCAAGCAGGUCUACCUUCCCCGGCCGUCUAUCUGCCCGCAAGCUCUCUACGACGUCAUGGUCCGCUGCUGGAGGCGUGACUCGAAGGACCGGCCGACCUUCCAGCAGAUCCACCAGUUCCUCACGGAGGAUGCCAUGAAUAUGGUGUAGAAGGGACUCGGGCCGGGGAACCGGCCAACGCCAUCUCCGCGGUCACUUGAGACCGAAGGCCAACGCGUUGAGGAGGGUCUUUCGGGAGCCAUCGUCGCUGUAGGAGCUUUCUCUUAGGGCCGGGGUUGGAAUCUCUGCUGUUCGUAGGUUUUAAUUUUCUUUUGUCUUGCAGUAGUCACUUGAACAGAACUUGAUUGCCAACCAAUCUUUAUGCACUUGGGCUCUCCGGUACCAGGACCCCUGCGGCUCCGCGGAAGAGUGGUGACACACUGGCUUCGCGACAGGUUCCAAUCCCCACUGCUAUCCCAGGACACCCACACUCAAUAUUCAGAUCGAACCCGGGAGCCGGUUUCCCCUCUCCCCCAACACCCCCCCCCCAUCCCGGGAAUUGCCUGGGAAAAGCCUGUUGCAGAAGGAUUGAGAGCUGCGAUCCCUUCGGACUUUCUUUUUUGGAAAAACACUGGAAUUUUUAAACUUUACCGCAGGUGAGAAAGUCCCGUGACAUCUCUCUCUCCUGACAGUUCACGACACUCCAUCUUAGCUCCCUGCUGCUGGCGGGGAGCGGUGUUUUGUGCAUCAUCUCACUGCCUCUCUGGCCUUGGCCACAACGUACUACUGUGAUACGGAAUGUUUGUUUGACUACUAACACUUCAGCCUUUGGGGAGAGAGGGAGGGUGGCUGACUGACUGUGUGUGUGUGUGUGUGUGUGUGUGUGUGUGUGUGUGUGUGUGUGUGUGUGUGUGUGGGCAGGAGGGUCUGCAUCAGAAGGUUGGGUCAGGAGAAUAAAGAGGGAAUUGGGGAUUGAUUGACCACUGAAUGUUAAUGGAUGAGAGUGAGUGAGUGUCUCUGUCUGUCUUUGUCUCUAUCUCUCUCUCCCUCUCUGUCUCUCUCUCUCUGUCUCUCUGUUUCUCUCUCUCUCUCUCUCUCUCUCUCUCUCUCUCUCGCUCUCUCUCUCUCAGUGUGGAUGUAUGCAAGUGUCAUUGAAUGUAUACAGGUGAGUUUGCUUGUGUCUAUGAAGGAGAGGAUGGAUGUGUGGGGAACUGAGUGUCUGUGUAGGUCUGAGUGUGGGUGUGUGGAUGGGUGUGUGGACAAGUAUCUGUGGAUGUGUUCAAAAAAACAAACUGCUGGAGAAAACCAACAGGGACCUGCCUCCCUGGUCUGUGUACAUUUGGUUGGGUGUGCAUGGAUAUGUUUGUGUUUUCUCUGUGUUUGUGCACACCUGUGUGUGCAUCUGAGCAUGUGUGUGCCUGGAAGUGUGUGUGCAUGUGUAUAUUUAGGGGUGUGUGUGUCCGCAUAUGUGUAUCUGUAAAUGUGUACAAGUGUAUACAUGGUGUAUGUGUGCAUAUGUAUAUUCGGGUGGGUGUGCAUGGAUGUGUGUGUGUGUGUGUGUGUGUCCCCCCAUAUAUGUGUCUCUGUGUGUAUGUGUGUCUGUCGCCACAUAGGUGUAUCUGUAGAUGUGUGCACUGUGUGUGCAUGUGUGUGUGUGCGUGUGUGUGCAUGCCCGCCCAUGCCUGCGUGCAUUUCAGAGUGAGGGAGAGUUGCUGUUAUAAGUUUACUGAAAUCACAAGUAGAAAAUUAAUUGGACACUGGCUCCAGCUCCUCCGAGAGUUGUCCAUUGUGCAAUCCCAGAAUAACCAGAAACACAACAACUGAGCCACCAGAAUUGCAGAAUGCAUUUCUGAUAAGUCACAGAAUUCUUGCAACAUGGAGUUCACUGCCUGGGUCAACACUGGACCACUGCAAACUGACUUGAUCAACCAGCCCCCCCGCCCCCACAAAGGGGGGGGCGGCAUCACUCCUCUCUGAGUGACCGAACCAGCGAUGCUUGAAAUCCAGCACUAAUCCUACUUACUCACAGGGACAAUUUCAGUUAACUGGACGAUGAGCUUCCCAACUGAUCCUUUGGAAUUCACCAACAGGACCGCUACUGGGAUGGUUUCGAUCGUUCUGCAUUUGAUUCAGCGCUAGUUGAAUGGGGAAGCUUGGCUUCUGGCUGCACUUGGCUCCUGAGGGUGGGGGGUGGAACCACAAGUCUGGUGAAUUAGCCUUGUUCAUCAGCUUGAAGACUGAUGGACGUGGCAUGUGAGCGAUUGCCUUCAGUUGGAAGAGCCCCCGCCCCCCCCACACACACACAAUAGCCACAGAGUAAGGGGCUUGGAGGCAUUCAAAAUGGCUUAACUACUGAAUAUGCAUCUGACUACUAUGUGGACAAGUAGAGGGUCUGACAGCUUCACUGGGGAAAUUGGGCAUUGCCCCUGUUACUUCUGGUGCACCAAUGCCUCAAGUUAUCCAUGAAACCUUUGCCUUUUCCCCCCAUGGUGCUCAGCCAGGCCUAAAGGUAUAGAGGGAUGAUGAAGUGGUCCAAGUUGCCCCCUCGAUGGGCUUUAUGGGCCGUUGCUCAACUUGGGCAGAGGAUUUGAUGGGGGGGGGGGGGGGGAAGCAGUUGGCUUGAACCCAACUGGUGGGACAGGAACCCCGUGGGGUGGUGGGAAACAUUGGUGUCUAUAAACCCCCACAACAUUGAGAUGGGACAGAGAGCGUGCACAGAGACAAAGUCGUGCCUGGUUCCGCUUCCCCUGCCCUGACCCUGCAGAGCAAUGUGGUUAAGUCACUGGAUCAGUAAUCGGAGAACUGGACUAAUGCCACGGAGACUGGGUUUAAACCCUAAAGUGGCAGUUUUGGAAUUAAACUUACAACCAGGUAGAGCUGCAAUUAAAAUAAAACUGGGAUUGGGAAAUGACAAUGAAGUCACCAGACUACCGCUUAAAAAAAAUCUGAUUAGUUGCUGUCCUUGAGAGAAAGGAAUGUAUUGUUCUUGUCCGUCCCGUGACUCCCCGCCCACCUGCUGUCUGAAACCAUCACCUUCCCCUCAGGGUUUCGAUGCCAACAACCUACCCCAUCCUGUGAAUGGAUAAUCCGUUGGGCCCAUCCAAUGUUUGCAAGUCCCAAGAGACAAUACUACCAAUCCAACUGCCACACCCACCAACCCUGGGCCCUGCACUUCCUCCGCUGAACAGGGGAGGGGAAGCUGACAGUGUGUGGAAUCCGAGCUGGCUCCCAAACAUUGCUCCAUUCUGUUCGGUUCUAAAGUCAGCUCCCAAGAUCAGGAGCCGUUCUAAUCACUAAAGCAACUGGCCAGCUCCAAUCUUCCUCACUCCCCACCCCACGGUACAGAAAUCUGACAAGCUGGCUUGUAUUACCCUGAAAUAUACAAGGUCUAGACACUGUAGGGUUUCGGGGAGGGGUUGGGGGAAGUGUUAAAGAGUUGAUGAAAGAUGUUCCUGCUGGUAGGAAGUUUUUGAGGAAUGGGAAGCCAUCCUUACUGGAAGCCAGAUUCAGUAAUUCUCAAACCGAAGGUCGAAGCGUGCGACUCUCGCCCACUAACCUUGGCAGGUGGUGGUUCCAUUAAUAGGUUCGACCCUGCGGUCUACGGAUGUUGGCAGGGCAGGAGGGUAGGACGGGUUAUAGACCAGUCUUGAUCCCAGUAGAAGGUUUGAGGGUCUCCACGUUCUCCCAUGCUGCCCUGUAGGACAGACUCCGCAGAAACGUCUGAGCAUACAGACUGUACCGAUCCAACCGACUGAGUUACGAAACAAAAGCAGAAAAUGCUGGAAGACCUCAAGCCGGUGAAGCAGCAUCUGUGGAAAGAGAACGCAGUUAACACUUCCAUAGAACCAUACAGCACAAAACAGGCCCUUCGGCCCACCAUGCUGUGCCGUCCAUCAGACCCUCACACUACCUAACCCCUUCCUCCCGCAUAUCCCUCUAUCUCACAUUCCUCCAUGUGCCUAUCCAACAAGGUCUUGAACCUGUUCAAUGUAUCAGCCUCCACCACCACCCCAGGCAGUGCAUUCCAUGCACCAACCACUCUCUGGGUGAAAAACCUCCCUCUGACAUCUCCCCUGAACCUCCCACCCAUAACCUUAAAGCCAUGUCCUCUCGUCUUGAGCAUUGGUGCCCUGGGAAGGAGGCGCUGACUGUCUACUCUAUCUAUUCCUCUCAAUAUUUUAUAUACCUCUGUCAUGUCUCCUCUCAUCCUCCUCCUUUCCAGUGAAUAAAGCCCUAGCACCUUAAGCCUCUCCUCAUAUUCAAUACUCUCCAAUCCAGGCAGCAUCCUGGUAAAUCUCCUCUGCACCCUCUCCAAUGCCUCCACAUUCUUCCUAUAAUGAGGCGACCAGAACUGAACACAGUACUCUAAGUGUGGCCUAACUAGAGUUUUGUAAAGCUGCAUCAUCACCUCGCGGCUCUUAAACUCAAUCCCGCGAUUUAUGAAAGCCAACAUCCCAUUGGCCUUCCUAACUGCUCUUUCCACCUGUGAGGCAACGUUCAAUGAACUGUGAAUAUGAACCCCCAGAUCCCUCUGCUCCUCCACACUUGCCAUUCACCCAGUACUCUGCCCUGGAGUUUGUCCUUCCAAAAUGUACCACUUCACACUUCUCUGGACACUUCGGAUCAGGAAUUCUCAAUGCGAACCGGAGGUUGAAGUGUGGGACUCCGGCAGAGGGUGCAUUGCUCGGAACAGGCUGAGUUCUUGUACACUACUAUAUUGUUUCAGAUUUCAGUUUUAUUUUAGUUUCAGCCCCGAUGCAGGGUCUCGACCCGAAACGUCGACAAUUCCUUUCCUCUCACCGAUGCUGCUCGACCCGCUGAGUUCCUCCAGCAGAAUGUUUCUUGCUGCAGAUGCCAACAUCUGCAGUUUCUUGUGUCUUCGGUUUACUUUGCGGCUGAGUUUGCCCAUGUGUGGGUGUAUUGGGACAAAAUCCUCAUCGCGUGGUAGUUUGAGGCUGGCGAUAUCGGCUUUAACUUGUGUACACUGAUCACCGCGAAUCUCAGGUAGGCGUGGUGUCAUUUAACCUUCGAAAUCUUCGGAGAGAAGGAUAGAGCUUUCCACCAAUCCAACUACUGAUCAAGCGGGAACUUUAAAUGUCCUGUCUUCAAAUCCAGGAAUUAGGUGGUCAUUUGUUCUUGAACCAUUCAACUUAUUGCAGGUACUGUGGAUGUUAAAGAUUAUAUGUAACGAGGAAGUAUCUGUGUAGUAUAGUUUGACUGAUGUAUACGGUGAGAUAUUGAUGGAUUUUUUUUUUCUAAUCCUUUUGUGUCAUGCUGGAAUCAAACUGUCCUGAAUUCUGUGGGGGUUGUGUAAAUAUUUUACAAAGAGAUUUUUACACUAAUAUAUAUGAAAUCACUUUGACGCUUCUCUGUAGAUCUUGUUCUUGCUUGCAUUGCUGUAGAUGUUUGUAAUAAAGUCUCUUUCGAGUGUUUAAUGCUU